CAAAGUCAAAACCAGAAAGGCCACAAAAACAUUAAAAUUUUUGUUUUAAAAAAAAAAAUUCUAAAAAGGCAGCCGAUGAUGAAGAGGAACAGAUUAUCAUUAGUACUAGUUCUACCGCUGCUCCAUCUCACUCUUUCUCUCUUCCGAGUCCCUGGGUCGUGGUAGAAAACUGGUUGAGGCCCACAAAUGGCCCUCCUGUCCUGGCUUUCUCGCCUGCGUUCUUGUUCUUGUUCUUCUUCAAAGUGCUUAUUUAAUCUACGAAGCUCCUCCUAUUCCCAAAGCUUUUGUAGGACCCAACUCAACGCACCCACCGUAAAUGGUUAUGGUUUCCACUCACAGUCUCAGCAAACAAAAACUUCCUUCUUCUCGUGGUCCAGCUCUAUGCUUCCUUUGGCGCUUGCAGUCUCUGCUGGCUCACUUGCUCUCCAACCCCUUUCAAGUCCUUCACUCUGUGACGCUUCCAACAUCGAAGCUCAAGGUGUUAGCUUUGGAGGCAAAGACAGCACCGAGUAUGUGGUGAAGGGCUCACACAAGGAAGUUCCUGAAGAGCUUAUUGAGGAAUUGAAGGCUAUAUGUCAAGAUGACCUGACCUUGGAUUAUGAUGAGAGGUAUAUCCAUGGAAAACCACAAAAUAGUUUUCACAAAGCAGUAAAUAUCCCCGACGUGGUUGUCUUUCCAAGGUCUGAAGAGGAAGUUUCUGAGAUAGUUAAGAUAUGCGACAAACAUAAGGUUCCCAUUGUUCCAUAUGGUGGAGCUACGUCAAUUGAAGGUCACACCUUAUCUCCUAAUGGAGGUGUUUGCAUUGACAUGUCACUAAUGAAAAGGAUUAAAGCAUUACAUGUUGAGGACAUGGAUGUCAUCGUGGAGCCUGGAAUCGGAUGGAUGGAGCUUAAUGAAUACUUGGAGCCCUAUGGUCUAUUCUUUCCCCUUGAUCCAGGACCUGGUGCAACCAUUGGGGGAAUGUGUGCUACACGUUGCUCUGGUUCCUUAGCUGUGAGGUAUGGAACCAUGCGUGAUAAUGUCAUCAACCUUAAGGUAGUUCUUGCCAAUGGAGAUAUUGUUAAGACAGCAUCUCGUGCCAGAAAGAGUGCUGCAGGGUAUGAUUUGACCCGACUGGUGAUUGGGAGUGAAGGAACUCUAGGUGUAAUAACAGAAGUCACCCUACGGCUGCAGAAAAUUCCACAACAUUCAGUGGUUGCUAUGUGUAAUUUUCCUUCAAUUAAGGAUGCAGCAGAUGUUGCUAUUGCCACUAUGCUAUCUGGCAUACAGGUGUCGAGGGUAGAGCUAAUGGAUGAGGUUCAAGUGAGGGCUAUCAACAAUGCCAAUGGGAAGAACCUGCCUGAAACUCCAACCUUACUGUUUGAAUUCAUAGGAACAGAGGCAUCUUCACGUGAGCAAACUCUAAUCGUCCAGAAGAUUGUUUCUGAGCACAAUGGCUCAGACUUUGUUUUUGCUGAAGAUCCUGAAGCUAAAAAGGAACUUUGGAAGAUAAGGAAGGAAGCACUUUGGGCUUGCUUCGCAAUGGAACCUAAUUUUGAGGCAAUGAUUACGGAUGUAUGUGUUCCUCUAUCACAUCUUGCAGAAUUGAUAUCAAAGUCCAAACAAAAGUUAGAUGCAUCACCAUUGGUUUGCAUGGUCAUUGCUCAUGCUGGUGAUGGGAACUUCCAUACGGUUAUUCUCUUUGAUCCUGACCAAGAAGAACAACGGAAGGAAGCAGAGAGACUGAACCAUUUUAUGGUUCAUACUGCUUUGGCUAUGGAAGGAACAUGUACUGGUGAACACGGCGUCGGUACGGGGAAAAUGAAGUAUCUUGAACAAGAACUUGGAGUGGAGAAUUUGAAGACAAUGAAAAGAAUCAAAGCAGUUUUAGAUCCCAAUAACAUUAUGAAUCCAGGAAAGCUCAUACCGCCUCAUGUUUGUUUCUAAGUAACUCCAUCUCUUGUUGAAUCAUAAGUGGCGAAAGUCUGUUCACUACAAUGGGCGGGCCGCCCCUCUUUGAAAAAUGCUGUACAUUAAAUUCAGGUUUUCUGGGUUCUUAUCACCUUUCAGAUCAUAUACAAAGAAUAUGCUCUGAUUGUGUAUUGGCAAUAUGGCAAUAAUGUAUGGGCUGUACAAACUUUGUAAAAAUGGACCAUUUUAUUUGUCGCUUUCAGUUGCUGUGCGUCAAUCACUGUUUUUCCUUGUCUCCUUGUUUGUUCUGUGAUAUUUCUAAGAGAAAAGAUGAAGCUGAAAGGGAUAAGGAAUAAUAUUGGGGUGGAAACGAUGAGAAAUAAUGUGAUCCGGUCCCCAAUUGUAAACUUCACCCCUUUCAAGUAUCUCGGUAUAAAGAUCUUGUUUUGUCACUAUUUGGCCGUACAAUGAUGAAGAUCGAAUUCCAUAUUCCAUUUUCCAUA